CUCUGGAGAGUGAAGUUCAGUCUUGGCUUUCACUCGGCGGGGAGAAGUGAUGAGACGUUCGGGAAUGUAGAAAUGAGGUCGGGAAACGUCGUGUGCAAGUGGACGCUCAGGUCGUUGAUAUUAUCUGCUGUCUUCUUCAUUGGAUUUCUAAUAGGAUGGAUUGGUCGACCGUGUAUCCACUCCACUCCGGUGAGAAAUCGAGAUAUUCGGAGCAAACUGCUGCACGAAAUGCAAGCUGAAAACAUCAGAUUAUAUCUCCGGAAUUGGACACAAUUUCCUCACUUAGCUGGUACUAUGAAGAAUCUCCAGUUAGCCCAAGAGAUACAAAGACAGUGGAAGAACUGGGGUCUCGAUUCAGUUGAAUUGGCUGAAUAUGAUGUCUUGUUGUCUUACCCAAACAAAAGCAAUCCUAAUUACAUCUCUAUCAAUAAUGAAAAUGGACAUUCGAUCUUUAAUACAUCCCUCUUUGAGCCACUACCUCCUGGAUAUGAACAUGUAGAGGACCUGGAACCACCAUUCAAUGCCUAUUCUCCACCGGGGAUGCCAGUGGGGGACUUGGUCUAUGUUAAUUAUGCUCGUCAUGAGGAUUUCUCCUGGCUGCAAAAGGAAAUGGACAUCAACGUCACUGGGAAGAUUGUAAUUGCCAGAUAUGGGAAAAUCUUCAGAGGAAACAAGGUUAAGAACGCAGUGGAAGCCGGUGCUAAAGGAAUCAUUCUUUUCUCUGACCCAGCUGAUUAUGGUGCACCAGGAGUGCUACCUUACCCAAGUGGCUGGAACCUCCCUGGGACUGGUGUUCAGCGUGGAAAUGUAUUGCUCACGGAUGGAGCUGGAGAUCCUCUAACUCCUGGAUUUCCAGCAAAUGAAUAUGCCUUCCGAUUGGAUGAAGCUGUUGGCCUUCCACACAUCCCUGUUCAUCCUAUUGGCUAUCAUGAUGCAGAAAAGUUGCUGCACCACAUGGCAGGAUUUCGAGCCCCCCCUGAAUGGAGAGGACAACUGAAUGUUUCUUACAAUUUUGGACCUGGCUUCAAGGACAGUUACACCUCACAUAAAGUCCAAAUGCAUAUUUACACCAGAAACGAGGUGAGAAGAAUUUACAAUGUCAUUGGCAAAAUUCAGGGAGCUGUGGAGCCAGAUCGGUAUGUGAUACUAGGAGGUCAUCGUGAUGCAUGGGUCUUUGGAGGUAUAGAUCCAACCACUGGAGGUGCUGUUACACAUGAAGCUGUGAGGAGUUUUGCAAAGCUUGUGAAAGAGGGUUGGAGGCCCAGAAGAACCAUAAUAUUUGCCAGCUGGGAUGCUGAAGAAUAUGGUAUAUUGGGAUCCACAGAGUGGGUAGAGGACAAUGCCAAACUGCUUCAGGAACGAGCUGUGGCAUAUAUCAAUGCAGAUUCAGCUAUUGAAGGUAACUACACACUGAGAGUUGACUGUAGCCCAUUACUCAACCAGUUGGUUUAUAACUUGACUAAAGAGAUGCCAAGCCCUGAUGAUGGUUUUGAGGGAAAAUCCCUUUACCAGAGUUGGUAUGAGAAAGAUCCUUGGACAGAAUACAAAGAAGCUCCCAGGAUAAGAAAACUAGGAUCAGGCAGUGACUUUGAAGCUUUCUUUCACCGACUUGGCAUUACAGCUGGGCGUGUGCGAUACACAAAAAACAGAAAAAUUGACAAAUACAGCAACUACCCAAUGUAUCAUACUGUGUAUGAAACAUUUGAGUUGGUGGAAAAGUUCUAUGACCCAUCCUUUAGAAAACUGCUUACAGUGGCCCAGAUAAGAGGAGGAUUAGUUUAUGAGAUAGCGGACUCUACCAUCAUACCUUUUGACUGCAGGGAUUAUGCUGAAGCUUUGAAUGAAUAUGCAAAAGUAAUUUAUGAGCAAGCAAAGCAGAAUCAAAUGCACCUUGACAAGUAUCAAGUUGUCUUCGACUCAUUGUUCUCUGCUGCACUUAAUUUUACACGUGUUGCCAUGGAGUUUCAUGAACGAUUAAAAAUGAUUGACGCUAGCAACCCCCUUGUGGCACGAAUGUUAAAUGACCAGUUGAUGCUAUUGGAGAGAUCCUUCAUUCAUCCUCUGGGAUUACCAGGGAGACCCUUCUACAGGCAUAUCAUUUAUGCUCCUAGUGCCCACAAUAAGUACGCAGGAAUACCCUUUCCAGGAAUCUAUGACGCACUCUUUGACAUAGCAUAUGUUCCAGACCAAUAUAAAGCCUGGCAAGAAGUGAAAAAGCAGAUUGCUAUUGCGUCCUUUACAGUGCAGGCUUCUGCUGAGACAUUAAAGCAAAUGUAAUUUACUUGCUUUUAUGACUGAUGAAAUGAUCUAUAUGGAUGGUAUGCAAAACAAAGUUUUUCUCUGUGUUUUAGUGCACAUGACGAGAACAAUUUACUUUGAGAUGCUGUGGAAAAUAAAUUAGAAAUGGAGCUAAAGAUGUACUAUUAAGCCCAUCCUAUCUUGAUUAACCAUUUGAGAAUAUUAAUAAAUCAAAUGAAGCCAUCUUUCACACAAAACCAAUUAUUUGUUCAUCAUUCUCUAUAAUGUACUCUCAGACGUGCUAAUUAUCAUGUUUUGUUUUAGAUGGAUCAUGUUAAAAGCUAAUCUUUGUACACAACAGGAUAAUUCAGGCUAAAUAUGUUAAUGUUUACAUAGAAACAUAGAAAAUUAUAAUCUACUUUCUAAAUCACAGAAAACAUGUCUUAUUCAUAUGUGAAGUGGUGAGUAGGUUUCCGAAAUUGCAAUCAGUAUUCAAAUGCCAGAAUCGUGAACAUCUAACAGUUUAAAAUAGCAGCAACUCUGAAACUUGUGAAUAAUAUCUAUUUAAAUUCAGUUGAAUAUAUCCAGCUGACCUUGCAUCAUAACUAUCAGAAUAUUUGCUGCUGUUAUUUCUCUCCGUGCCUUGUGGUGCGUCGGGCAGCAACUUUGCUGUUUCUUUUAGCAUUUUGUCUGUUUUCUUUUAUGAAGCCAAGUUGCUAGCUCGACGCUCUACCCAGCAUGGAUGGAAAGCGUGCAAGGAGCCAGCCAGAUUCUAACCUAGGGCCACUCACCUUCUCGUGGCUGAUUCCAUUACACCACCAGCAGUAUCAGAAUGUUUAUAGCCUCAAUACUAUGUACUGCUUUUAGUUAUUUAAUCAUGUUGCUGUAAAACUCAGAAAUCCAGAGUUUGACCUUCUCUAGUUUAUUUGUAUGUUUAAAUAUAUUCCUCAUUUACAUAAAAAUUGGUAUUUUGUUCAAAUUGUGAAGUGUGACUAGUAUAUUUUCAUUUGAAUUUUUACUGUCAAUCAUUAAACAUGA